AUGUGCGACUAUCGAUUUCACUUUUUAGUGGCCGGUGAUAACAGAGAGGUGGAGAAAUGGCGUAUCUUUUGUGAAUCAGAUAUGCGAAAUGUGUCUGCUAUGUUCACAAUACCUACCAUCUAUGUCACAUUACAGCCAAAACGUAGUCCAAGUCCGUAUACUCAGGCGAGUGUACCAAUAUACCCUUUGUAUGGCUAUCCAGGUGGGUUUAUGCAUUUAUUUGCUGCUCAGGGCCCACCUCUCUAUCCAUAUGGUGCUGUGUAUCCACCUAUAAUGAGUCAACCAUCAACAUCUAAUCCGGUGAACAAUGACCACAUGUGGCCUGACACCUCUAAAAGGGUAGAAUCAAAUCAACCCGGUGCCUCACGACAUUCUCCCGAACAUGUCGAUUGGGGUGUGGAUAGCGGGUUCAAUGGGUAUUCAACUGGGAAUGAUGAAGGUGAUGGUGAAGGUCAUGAUGAUGAAGUUGAUGAUGAAUUUGAUGAUGGAGGUGAUGAUGAAGUUGAUGAUGAAGGUAAUGAUGAAGGUGAUGAUGAAGUUGAUGAUGAAGGUGAUGAUAAUGAGCAAUUUUGUGAUCCUUACAAUAAUGAGACGAACAUGAACGAUAAUCCUUGCAAUGAUGAUCUCCUAAAUGAGAUGGAUGAUAACAUUGAUGAUCCGGACUUCAUAAUUGAAAAAGAUGAAGAUAUCGACGACAAUGUUGUGUCCCCCUCAAACAUGAUGGGUGGUUUAAAUGAGCAUAUUCUACGCAACAAGAAGAGUAUAGUGAUCCACAAUGUUCCUCGACUUGACCUUUCUGGAGGGGUUGCUAUUGAAGAGGAUGAUUUGAAUGAAAUCGCUACUCGUUCGAGUAGCGGUUGGAGGAUUCCCGAAGCCAAUUUUCACAAUGUUGAUGUUCAUCCUUCGUCUGAAGAGCCGUCAAUGAUAGACCGUGAAUUAGCCAAAGGCGUUGUCAUUGAAACCCCUCGACAAUUGCCUGCAAAGAUCAUUGGAGCAUUAUUCGCGUCGAAGUUGUUGACAGAGGGCCGAGUAUUAAAGCCUGCAAAGAUUAUGGGUGACAUGGAGCGUGAUCAUGGCAUUAAGCUAAAAUACGAUACAACUCUAAGGUCUCAAAACGCCGCCUACGACUUCAUAUAUGGAGAUCACAAGAAAUCCUGGGAACUUUUGCCGGCGUAUUUUCAUAUGUCGAUGAAGGAAAAUCCUGGAACAUCGGCAUACAUUGAGACCGAUAAAGAUGACGUGUUUGAGUAUGCUUUUAUUUCUUUUCAUGCGUCUGCAGGCUUCCUCAGUUAUUGUCGGCCCGUUAUUGUUAUUGACGGUACGCAUUUGAAGGGUAAGUAUAAAGGCAUCUUAUUUGUAGCAACUACAAAGGACGGAAAUGAACAAAUUUUCCCUUUGGCAUUUGGUAUCGUCGAUAAGGAAUGUCAUAGUUUGUGGAUGUGGUUUCUCCAAAAGCUUCGCUCCACUUUUGAAUGUCCGAAAAAUUUAGUAAUUGUUUCUGAUUGCCACCCGAGCAUAAAGUCUGCUAUGGAGGUUGUCUACCCUGAAGCCGUACAUGCCAUAUGUUCCUACCACCUUCGACAAAAUAUUCGAAGUCACGGGUCUAAAGCUGUUGGUUUAUAUAUGAAAGCUUCAUACACUUAUUCUCCCGUUGUGUACAAAAGGUCGAUGGCCAUGCUUGCGGCAAAAUAUCCUAACACAAAAAAGGUUGCGUUGGGCAAGGAAAUUUCCUGUUUGCUCAUUGUUUGA